AGCGUCUCUGGCCGCUGGUAUAUAUCCAGUUAUCGCGCGUGUCCCGUUUCCCGGUGAACUGCGGCAUUUUGUUGCAAUCGCACGGUGACCGGGUCCGACUGAUAAUAAAACAUCCGUUUGUGUUUUUCAUCAUGGCUAACCCGAAAGUUUAUUUUGACAUCAGCAUCGAUGGAAAAAAUGCGGGGAGGAUUGUGAUGGAGCUGAGAGCCGAUGUGGUACCCAAGACUGCUGAGAACUUCCGUGCUUUGUGCACCGGAGAGAAAGGUUUCGGAUACAAGGGGUCCGGCUUCCAUCGUGUCAUUCCAAACUUCAUGUGCCAGGGUGGAGACUUCACCAAGCAUAAUGGAACCGGUGGGAAGUCCAUCUAUGGCAAUAAGUUUGAGGAUGAGAACUUCACCCUAAAGCACGAGGGAAAGGGAAUCCUGUCCAUGGCUAACGCUGGACCCAACACCAACGGCUCGCAGUUCUUCAUCUGUACUGAUGAAACUAGCUGGCUCAAUGGCAAACACGUUGUGUUUGGGAAAAUUGUGGAAGGGAUGUCCGUGGUCGACACCAUUGAGACCAGAGGGAGCAGCAGUGGCAAAUGUUCUGCUAAAAUCACCAUCGCCGACUGUGGCCAACUUUAAUUCCUGCCAACGCUCCACCCGUCCCAAUCAUACACAUUCCUUACAAUAUAGAUGAUGAUUUUUUUUAUUGUCAUUUCUUUUCUCAAUGAGAUGUGGUCCUGUUUUAUGUAUUCUGACGGCUUUCAGGACUCGAUUUGUUAAAACAUGUAUUAAAUAUGGCUCAAGAUUUCUUUCAA